AUGCAUUCCAUAGUGUCUAAAUUACUUGAGGUGCAUUGGACACCACGUGAUAUUGCAAAGAUUAAUCUAUUUACUUGUCCAGAGUCAGUGAAGGACGAUUUUCUUCUCCAUUCAAUGCAACAAUUGUUAUUUUCAAAUCACUGCAUUUUCAACGCAAGCGUCGCACGAAAGAUGUCCUGUCAAGAAUUUGUAAAUAACUUGAUGGAGCUCAACAACGGCGAGAACAACUAUUCGUCAGAGGAGUUGAAACGUCUCUAUGAAGCAUUUAAGCAAGAGCCUCUUCGGUGGCCCGUCCAAUCACCUAUGGAGUUCGGUGGUGGUAAGUCGGGCUUUAGCCAUCCGUAA